AUGCCCCGGCGGCACCCCAGUUCCUGGGCCCAGCAGGUGGCGCCCGAGGGGCUCCCCGGCGGCGGCGAUCGCACAAGGAGAGACCCGCUGCUGCCCGCGCUGCUUCUGCCUGAGCUCCGAGCAGCGUCUCGCGCGGGGGCUUCGGGGAGCACGAGGGCUUCGGAGGGCGGCGCCGAGUGGUGGCAGGACCUGGGGUGUGAUUCCUCGCACUCAGAUCCCGCUGUGGGCGCCAGGCGCCGCCGGCUACACCUGCCUGUCCUGCCCACCGUGGCCCAGAGGGCGGCGCGCACCCGGACGGGGCUGAGGUCGCUGCUGCUGCCGCCCCUGCUCUUGGCCGGCGAGCCCCGGGAACCCGCGACCCGGCGCUCUGCGCCUGGACCGUGGGAGGACCCCCUCGGGGGCUCGGCCAGUGAGACCCCCGACUCCUUGGGCUCCCGGCUAAGGGGCGGGUUCCGGCAGUUCCUGCACCAGCUCCGGGCGGAGUAUGCCUGUGCUGAGCAGCCGCAGCCACUGACAUCCUCAGCAUCGCAACAUCAAAGGGGUGUGUCAGAGCAUUCCGGAAGGUCUCAGGGUGCCAGCUACUCCUUCCUCCCAGACCUGCGGGGCCAGCCCUCAUACUUCAAGAAUAGUCUUAAGAAGAUUUUGCUCCAUCAGAUACCUGCCCUGGGGCCCUUCAGCAGAGGUCAUUCACAAUUCUCCUCUGUCAAGAAGGCCAACCAGCCCCACGCUACACAGGCCCCCAAGCUCAAGGCCGUGCUCACCCACAACUCCUCGGGGGAAGGUUCUGGGCACCGCAGGCGGUGCUGCCCUUUCCGAGUGCGGUUCGCGGACGAGACGCUCCGGGACACAGCGCUGCGCUACUGGGAGCGCAGCUGUGCAGUCCGGCAGGGCAUCCCCGGGAACAGGCCAGCCGGCCGGUCAGCAGCAUCGGAGCGGGUGUUUGGCAGUGUCGGGCGAUGGCUGGAGAGUUUGCCCAAAGCCCUGUCCACCCUGGAGCCAAAGGACCACCUCUCUGAGGACACCUGCACGAACAGCCACCUGCCCUUCAUCCCCAGGGCCACUGCCCAGAGACAGCGGGGAGACCUCAAAACCUUCCUGGAGCAGAUGGAGAAAUCACCCUUUUCCUGGACCCAGAAGCUGGAGUCCUUCCUGCCCAGCUUGGUCUUGCACACGGUCCUGAAACGAGGCCGCCCGAAGGGGUACCAGCUCCUCCUGCCUUCCGCAUCACGCCGCACUCGGAGGUGAAUGGCUGCUGGGCCCAAGCCCAGGCAUGGCCAUGGGCGGGGGUGAGGAGAGGCCUUCCCUGACCCACAAAUAAACGCACAUCCCAGGUGGCUGGGACCUGCUGCCAGGUCUCCCCCUACAAGCCUGUC